UCGCUUGUUCACCGAACAGUGCGGUCGUGUUUGGUUAAAUCUGUGUGCACGCGUUCUCUGUCUCUCUCUCUCUCUCUCUCUCUCUCUCUAUCUUUCUCUCUGUACCGCUCUUUUUCUCCCUACUUCUACGUUUACUCUCGCGUUGAGUUUUUGUAAUUUUUGUCUCUGUCGGUCGUUGGCUUUGUUUGAAGCUCGGACUCCAUGUUUCUUGUGCUCAAAGCGUUGUCUUAUAUAACAUCAUUUUUUGAUUCAUAGCAUAUUUUCGGUUUUUUUGGGCUAACAAAUUUGAAUGGUUGGUAUGCUGCCUGAAUAAAUGAGAGUUCAAAGUGUAGCAAGCAUAUAUAAUUUGUGGCAACAUAUUCCGAAUUUUGAACACCUUUAAAAAAAAGAGAUCAAGGUUAAGUCUGUUUACCCUUUUAACCAAUAAAAUAGCAACCCCUCAGGGCCGUUUUAAGUCAUUGCGCUAAUUGCUCGCAAUGCCAAGUAAUUGUUGAGCUAAUUAAAUUCUAGCUAAAAUAACUGCAGCAAUGUGCAAGUAAUAUAUAAACAAAUUUUACCUUUGACAACGUCCAAUAAUUUGCAAUUUGUGAUCGUCACCUCUGAAGUGUGAAUCAUAUGUGUGUUUUUGGCCAUGGCCUGCCGAUCAGAUAUUGACUUGGCCACUCUUCAUCAGCAUCGGCUCGAAGAGCGUUGGCACUAUGGACUCGCUUGGUGCGGUGCCCGCGGAAGCAGCCAGCAACAACAUCUCACCCACUGCAACGAGCUGCUCAUGUGCCCGAGUGCCAAUCGGCAGCAUCAACAGCGUUUGGCCAAAAGCGGCAUCUAUUGCGAUAUAGAAAUACAAGCCAACAGCAGCAGCACAAGUGCGAUCAACGGUAGUACCAAGGUUAAGGAAAACAUUGCCAAAAAUAAUCAUAAUAUAACGGAACAGGGAUUGGAUGAGUAUGAUAGUUACUUUACGUCCACGACCCGACGGAGACGAUCCGGCACUUGGCCGCGAACGCGUAGCCUUAACGCGCCUUCGCCGGUUCAGCAGUUUGGACCAUGCGGUCGCAUUAUGAAGAACUCUGCAAUGGUAAUGCAAAUACAAGAUCCCGCAAGUCAGCGUCUCACCUGGUAUAAGCCACCACUCACUGUCCUCGUAAUUAAGAAGAAGGAUUCCCAAGUGCUGUUGCCAUUUGUGCAACUAGUCGAAUGGCUGGUGCAGGAGAAGAAUAUGGUAGUUUGGGUCGAGUCCGCUGUGCUGGAGGACAAGUUGCUGCGCGACGACGUCAAGCUGGAUCAUGAAAGCCCCAAAUUUAGGCAGGUUCAUGAAUAUUACAGUGGAGUGCGUUCACGUUUUCUGGGACUGCGCGAAAAGUUGGUUACUUUCAAAGAUGGGCGCGAUGAUCUCACUGAUCGCAUUGACUUUAUUGUUUGCCUUGGAGGCGAUGGCACGCUUUUGUAUGCCUCACAGCUAUUUCAGCAAUCAGUGCCACCAGUUAUGGCCUUUUAUCUCGGUUCGCUCGGCUUUUUGACACCCUUUCAGUGUGAUAAUUUUCAGGAGCAAGUCACCAAUGUGCUUGAAGGUCACGCAGCGCUGACGCUCCGAAGUCGUCUGCGUUGUUCAAUCCAUCGCAAAGCCGAGCGCCGCAAGGAGUCACUGCAGCAGGCAAGCAGCAAUGUAAUUAAGCCCAGCGUGCAGCGACAGUACAGUAACGUGGGAUUCACUGACUCCACAGCAUGCAAUAAUAACUGCAGUAAUGCUGCGCUGCAACCGUCCGGUCAAAACAGCAUUCUAGUGCUAAACGAGGUGGUCAUUAAUCGAGGACCUUCACCUUAUCUGAGCAAUAUUGAUAUAUUCUUGGAUGGCAAGUACAUUACAUCUGUGCAGGGUGAUGGAUUAAUUGUGUCUACGCCCACGGGCAGUACUGCAUAUGCGGCUGCCGCUGGGGCCUCUAUGAUACAUCCUUCUGUGCCGGCUAUACUGGUUACGCCCAUCUGUCCACAUUCGCUAAGUUUUAGGCCAAUUGUAGUCCCUGCCGGCGUUGAGUUGAAGAUAUCAAUAUCGCCAGACAGUAGGAAUACAUCGCGUGUAUCUUUUGAUGGCCGGAACGAUCAGGAGUUGAACCACGGUGAUAGCUUGCGCGUGACAACCUCCAUUUAUCCGGUACCCAGCAUUUGCGCACAGGACCAGAUAUCCGAUUGGUUUGACUCACUGGCUGAGGGUCUGCAUUGGAAUGUACGUAAGCGACAAAAGUGUCUCGACGAGCUUUCGGAUCUGACGGCAUCUGGAUCCGAGGACACGCUCGAUGAGUUUGACAAUCUAAAAAUGUUCGAUUCUUAGUGCCUGCAGCUAAUAGUGGCCGAUUGUAGUUAUAGUUUAGAUUAAAGCGUUUACUAAUCGUGUGCAAUUUUUAUACAUGUGUAUGUGUAUUUAAGUAGGAAAAUACUGUUGAACUAUAUACAGACAUCUACAUAUAUUGUACAAAUUGAAAUACCGUUAAAUGUUAUUUAAAUGAGAGAUUAGUGUAUUUGCUUGAAAUCAAAUCAAUUUAAGCAUAGGUCCUAAGGUUUAAUGCAGGUGCCUGCUAAGAUGUUAUAAUUUUGUGUUAACUUUUUAAUAGUAAUAAAUUUCUUUAUUUACUAAAACGC